CAGUAGUGAGGGGCAGCCUGAGUAGGGCGCAUCGUCACUCUCCACACAAAAAUUAAUAUUGAUGUCUCUUAUCCUGCCUGUCUUCGCGAAAAAAGUAACUCAAGCUUUUGACAAUGGCAAUCGGCAGCGUAUGUAACCAUCACCAGUUAACUUCGUUCGUUCUUCUGUGCGUAACGACAAUGAUUUUUUCCACUGUCUACUCGAGAAAGAUGAAUCGCUCUAAUAGUAAUGAAUGGACCAACAUUCGACUACCAACGACACUCCACCCCGUUCAUUACGUCGUCAAGCUUCAGCCAUUUCUAAAUGACAGCAACACUUUCCAAGGGUAUAUCGAAGUGGAGCUGGAAGUUGUCAAGCCAACGUCGAGAAUUAUACUGCAUUUGGCAGACCUUGUUGUCAAGAAUAACACAGCCAAGGUGUCGACUUUAAACAAACGCCGACGGUCUCAUCCAAUUCGUCAGGAGAAAUAUAACUCGGAUCGAGAACAGUACACCUUGCAACUGCGGCGCCGCCUUCGUCAGGGUAAAGCUUAUUUACUGUCAAUGCAGUUCGAGGGUGUCCUUAACGAGAUUCCUCGCGGCUUUUAUAAAACUUCGUACGUGGAUAAAGAUGGCGUUGAAAGAAAAUUAGCUGUGACGCAGUUCUGGCCAGCAGAUGCCCGUAGAGCUUUCCCUUGCUUUGAUGAACCAGCGCUGAAAGCAACAUUUGAUAUCCAUAUAGCCAGAGAGAGUCACAUGACUGCUAUAUCCAACAUGCCUCUUAUCAGAACGACUCCCGUUCCCAACCGAGAUGGAUGGCUGUGGGACCAGUUUGCUACCACUCUCAAUAUGUCCACGUACUUAGUAGCAUUCCUUAUAUCAGACUACAGCUUCCGAGAUCUGGAAGGUCAAGGAAAGGGACGCCUGAAAGUAUGGACAAGUGAAGAUAAAUUAGACCAGACAUCCUUAGCCCUUGAAGUGGGGUCCUUUGCGAUGUCUUUCUUCGAGGACUACUUCAACCUGCCCUACCCUUUGAGGAAGAUGGACAUGGCAGCAGUUCCGGAAACGACAUUUCAAGCCAUGGAAAACUGGGGUCUCGUUACAUACAGGGAAUCUGUGUUGUUAGCCGACCCAAAACGCGCCUCUGCAUCGCACCGAAGGCAGGUGUCCCAGUUGGUGGCGCACGAACUGGCUCAUCAGUGGUUUGGGAAUCUCGUGACAUUCAAGUGGUGGACGGAUCUUUGGCUGAACGAAGGCUUUGCUACCUACAUGUCCGAUGUUGCUAUUGAUCAGAUGGAACCAGCUUGGGGAAUUUUGGAACAAUUUGUUGUCAGUCGACUUCAGUCCGUAAUGACAAUGGAUUCACUGAAAUCCUCCCAUCCGAUUAGCAAGCCUCUUGCAAACCCCGCCGAUAUAGAUCAAGUUUUCGAUCAAAUCCCUUAUAGCAAAGGAGCCUCUGUAAUACGAAUGAUGAAACACUUCCUGACAGAAAGUACCUUCAAGAAGGGUCUUGCAGCUUAUUUAUCUUCAAUGAGUUAUAAGAAUGCCGACCAGGACGACUUGUGGCGGUAUAUGACAGUUUCAGCGCAUCAGGAUGGAUCUUUGCCCAAAGAUCUGACCGUCAAGACAAUUAUGGACACCUGGACGCUGCAGGAAGGCUACCCUGUUCUUACGGUUGUCAGAGAUUCUAACGGCACCGCCAGAGUUACGCAGAAACGUUACUUGCUAGGAGGAGAGGAACAAGAUCUAGGAUAUAGAUGGUGGAUCCCAGUCACCUUCACAAGCCGGAACCGUCGCAGCUUCCGCCACACGCGGGCUCAGACUUGGCUUAGCAACCACGCUGAUCACGUGACAGUCACGGGGCUCCCUCACCCGAGAGAAUGGGUCAUUUUUAAUCUGCAGAUGACAGGAUAUUACCGAGUGAAUUAUGACGAUUACAACUGGAGUCUCCUGGCGUAUCAGCUCCAACAAGAACAUGAAGUUAUCCAUGUCACCAACAGAGCCCAGAUAAUAGACGAUGCUCUUAACCUGGCCAGGGCAGGUAUGCUUUCAUAUAAUUUCGCCAUGAAUAUGACGAGGUAUCUGACGGAAGAAAAAAGUUAUGUUGUGUGGAAAGCAGCGUUCUCUAACAUGCAUUUUCUCUAUGAUAUGUUCAAGCACACGGCAUCUUAUGGAGCCCUAAAGGAUUACUUCCUCAUGAUCCUGGAGCCUGUCUACGAUUCUUUGGGUUUUGAAGAUAAACCAGACGAUGGACUCCAAACACAGCUUCUUCGAACCGGGAUCAUCUGGUGGGCUUGUCGUCUGGGUCACACUCAUUGCGUCAAUCAGUCGCGUGUAUUAUUUGAGCAUUGGAUGAAGGACCCCGACAAUUAUACAGUCGCCUCGAAUGUCGCAGAGGCAGUUUAUUGCUCAGUCAUCAAUACAGGAGGACAGGAGAUGUGGGAAUUCGCAUGGAACCGCUUUCAUCUAACUAGAACAUCCCACCAAAAGAAAGCAUUAGGCAAAGCUCUUGGCUGCGCUUCUGACACCUGGUUGCUGGCUAGGUACCUAGAAGCCGGUAUCCACACAGAGUCUGGCCUUAGACGACAAGAUUUGUCACAUGUUUUCGAAGCAGUGGCUAAUAGUGAUGUGGGCAGUUACGUAGCGUGGCAGUUCUUCGAACAACGUUGCAAACAAAUAAUAAAAUACGUCGGCAGCGACUUCUCAUCAGUUUCAAGCAUUGUUGAGGCUGUGACAAAGAAUUUCAACACUAAACAAUCUCUAAAGCAGCUGCAAGACCUCAGAGCCGAGGUACAGAAAUCGCGCGUCAGUCACAAACACGCCCUAGACCAGGCAAUAGAAGUUGUCGAGAACAACGUUGCAUGGAGGAAAAAGAACUUCUAUGACCUCGUUCGGUGGCUCAAUCAACAUGGAUACUCACACGUCCUGACGCCGUCGUAGAAAAACAUUUUCUUCACAUUGAAGUAUGGUCUCCUGCGAGGAAUUCCUAAGCUCUCUUUACAGACUUCAUCGAGACGUGUUCGCGAGUUAAUAUGGGCGAGGAACGGGUUCACCAUUUUACUGUCAAUAUUCACUGGGUUUUAUAGUUACUGUGAUGUUCUUGAUUUAUCAAAAAGGAUGUUACCUGUAAAUUAAGUUUUUCUUUAACUUUAACUUUCUUUCUUUUGCAAUUACUCUCGUGGGUGAAUUUAAAGAACAAGAAUGAAUUGAUGAUAUUGAUCCUGACGAUGGUGAAGUUCGUUUUGAAACUUUUUUUUUUAAUCAUUUGGUGCGAUACAUUAAUAUAAGUUUGUUAAUUAUGCACGUAUUUGUGUACAUAUGUGUACGUAUUAUGUGUAAAUAAACUGUAAUAUCAAUAAA